AAUAAAUUCACCCAUAAAUAUUUAAUGGCUUCAACAUUUAUUGUAAUACUUACCGAUAAACAUUUAACUGCUCUACGCUUUUGAAUAAAUAUUUCUGAUAGGAUACAUGUUAGACAUGUUGAAGUAAAAUGCGGUAUUUUUAUUUAACGAUACUGGUUCUAGCUUUUAGAUCUCAUCAAGCUAAAUCGAAUGUGAAUACUCAUAUUCAACAAGGUUUGGGUCGUCAUGCUUUUAGAAGAACCAAUGAGGAUCCCAUCGAUUCGAUAAAAGAAAUACCAGAUGAUAUAAAUGAAGAUUUUAAUGAUGGAAAGUGGGAUCAAGAAGUAAAAUCGCAAGGAGAAGAAAAUAACAUUCAACGUAAUUCAGCCUCCUCAAAGAUGACUGAAAGUUUCUAUAAGAAGACCGAGAAAGAUAAUGCUUUAGUUCCUCUACAAAGAAACAUUAGGAGAAAUCGCCAUUACGGACGUGAAAUAUUUAUUAAAGAAGAAAGUGUAUCGAGUGAUAUGGACUUGCCUCAUUGGAAGGACGAAUGGAAUGAAAUGUGGAUGGAAAAGAAAUUCGAGGCUCUCAAUUCAACAAUGCCUAGGGGUGACGUAGUUAACAUGCUGGCAGCAAGACCAAUGGGACGUAGCUGCGGAGAUCCUAGCCAACAAGACACGCCUUGGGGUUCAUGUAUGGGGCCGCAAGAUUGUGAUGCAGAGUUUCGUAUAUAUCGAGGGGAUCACUACUGUGGUAGAUCUACAUAUGUUUGUUGCGCUCUCGUUGCAAAUAAGUAUGAUGUAUAUGGUGGAGUAGACAUUUCCUUCAUUGGUACAAGCUUCGAAACCGACUCCAAUGAAGCAGCUAUAAAUGCAAAAACCGGCGCUUCUAAAGAAAUAGCACAUAAAGAAAGAAAACGCGAAAGCAAUAAACGGAAAAUAGAUAGAAAUAAGAGAAAAAAGAAAAUCAUUAAGACCAUACAAAAAUUAGUAACACAAAUAAAUCAAAUAUUAAACGCAGCUUAUAGAAAUGGAACUUUACAAAAGAAAACGAGGACCAAAGAUCUGAAACAGUUUAUUGCGAAAUUGAAGAAGAAAUUCAGAAAGGAUCGGAAUGCUGUUAUAGAUAUUCAUCACAAUGACGUAAAAAAAAUGGAUGAAAAUUUGCAAGGCACGUUGAAUAAAGUUAAAUCUGUCAAUAGUAAAUUUAUGACUAACGAUACGUUUAGACAACUGGUUGUGAACGGGACGUUGAAUAAGCCAUUGUUCAUGGCAAUUCUUCGUUCAAGUCCGGAUAUGUUGAGUGAUAUACAAAAUGAAAUGCGAAAGGAUGGUAUAGAUCCGACGAAGGAAGGAAUUAAUAAUAUACAUGUAAGAGCUGUGAAUGAGACGCCAAUACAAUCUUUGAAUAAAACUCGAAGAAGCGGCUCGACUGUAGAUGUGGAAUUAGAUCAAUUGGAGCUAGACACAGGAAGCGAUACCUCGGGACAUGUUGACUAUGAUUCUGAAUAUGACGCCGAAUACGGCUGGCUUUAUUAUUGACCAAUAAAUACAUUGCUAUUGA